GCCGGGCCGGGACGCCAGCGCCAGCAGCAUGCCUGUGCGGGUGGAUAUAGUGCCGCCGCCGCCGAACAACUCCAAACAGCUCGGCGUCACCAAAUCGCUCCUCUACAAUGGUUCCAAGUUUCGCGGCUCCCAGAAAUCGAAGGGCAACGCGUACGAGGUGGAAGUGGUGCUGCAGCACGUUGACGAAGCAAACUCUUAUCUGUGCGGAUAUCUCAAAAUCACCGGACUGACGUUCGAGUUUCCCACCCUGACGACCUUCUUCGAUGGUGAAAUUAUCUCGAAAAAGUAUCCCUUCCUGACGCGCAAAUGGGACGCGGACGAGGAUGUAGAUAGAAAGCAUUUUGGAAAAUUUGCUGCCUUCAGCGAGUACCAGAAGACGUUCAACUCGGACGACUUCGACUACGACGCGCUAGCGAAGAGUGACUACGUGUUUAUGCGCUGGAAGGAACACUUUCUGGUACCUGAUCACAAGAUAAAGAACAUCAACGGUGCGUCGUUCGCCGGGUUCUACUACAUCUGCUUCCAGAAAUCGCAAGCCGUUAUGGAGGGCUACUACUAUCAUCGCUCCUCCGAAUGGUACCAGUCGCUAACGCUGCAGCACGUGGCCGAAUCCUGUAUUCAAAUUUACGAGUUUAGAUAAUUUCCCGUCGUCCCCCUGCAGCCGAACGGGAGGAUGAGAGUGCUGGUGUGGUGAUGGUGGUGGUGGUUGACAAUGCAGCAUGGUCGUCGCCAGUUGCCGGUGGGUGCGGGUGGGGUAAAGGGAAACCCCACAAGCCGGGGGUUUUCUUACCAGUAAGUGACGCUAACCACACACACACACUCGUACACGUUGCUAGAUUUUGAGUGUUUUUUUCUUUUUUUUUCUUCUUACGUUUUAAGCCACAGUAUGGCAAUUGCGACGGAAUGCGUCCAAAACAUAGCUAUUAGCAUCUAAAACACGCAACAAAUUACCGACAACGAAAUGCCGGACGUCGUGCUGGCCGGAAGGAUUAGCCUAUUAGCGAGACGGAACAGAGGGAGGGGAGGGGGGAGGGGGAGAAAGUUAGUGAGAAAACGGAUGGUUCAAUUAAAAUUAGCACAACGAACAAUAACAGCCAACACAUUUUUGACCACCCACACACACGAAAAAUCAAAACAAAAAUCGUAACGCAAGAUAACAAAACGUAACGAAGGCGGCAAAAGGAAAAAAAGGAUAGGACUGUUUAUUUUUCAAUUAUAUAAUUAUUUGAAUUUUAAAAGAAUUUCCGCUCAUUGCUAACUUUAUGUACGUUAGUUAUGUAUAACAAAUAUCCUUUUUUUUUAAAGAAGAAGCUAUUACUAAAUUAUAUCUACUGGGCAUACCGGUAAGUGUGGUUGCCUGUUCUGUG